AUGCUCAGGACCGUGGGGCUGGCCCUGCUGGCUCUGCUCAGCGCAGUGGGCCCGACCCAGGCCAGCGGCUUCACAGAAAACGGACUUUCCUUGCUGAGUUUCCAGCUGUGCAACUACAGCAUGACUCGAAACGUCCAGAAGGUGGAGGCUGUGCACACAUCGCACGUGACCUACGCUCCCUGCGGCGGGUGGGUCCCGUGGAGGAGGUGCCCCAAGACCGUGUACAGAACUCACUACCUGGCCGUGGACGUCCCGGAGCCCAGGAACGUGACCGACUGCUGUCGGGGUUAUGAGCAGCUGGGCCUCUACUGCGUCCUGCCCCUGAAUCGGUCCAAGGAGUUUGCCUCGAGGCCCGGGGCCUGCCCGGCGGUGGGGCCGGAAGCACCUGCCUCCCCGUGCACACUCGACACAGACUGCCCUGGGCUCCAGAAGUGCUGCCUCUCCUCCCAGGGCCCCCACUGCGUGGCUCCCGCUCCCCGAGCUCCAGAGAGGGACCCGGUGACCUUCUGGUACGAAGUGACCGUCCUGGUGAAAAUGGCCUUCAAGGAACUGGGGGAGGUAGACCCCAGGCUGCUGAAUCACAUGCGGCUUCUGUACUCCAUGGUGACCAGUGCCCUGCAGCCGCUGCACCCCUCUGUCCACCACCUGCACUCGGCCAGCGGGGACCCCUCGACCACGGUGUCGCAGCUGCUGCUGGGGCUGCCGUGGCCGGUGCCCGUGGCCAACGUCUCCGCGGCGCUGGACAGCAUUGUGAAGCGCGUCUAUGAAGUGAUCAACGUCCGCGUGCAAGGGCCCCCCCAGCUGGGGACGAUGGUCAUCUGCAGCUACUCUGCUGUGUGGCUCGGGGUGGGGGCGGGGCACAAGGCCGGCAACCUGCUGGGCUGUCUGCAGGUGGCCAGGCGGCAGGUGCAGGUGCCCAGUGGGCAGCUGGGAUGUGUAGAGGUCUGUCUACACAGGGUGCCUGAGUGGCUAAACACCUGGACGGGGACCGGCCACUCGCUGCCCUGCAUCAGGGACUGCCCCCCCAUCCGGGAUCUCGUGGCCCUUAAUGUCACCAGCAGCAGCUUCUGGGUGUCUUGGCGUUUGGAGUCUCCCUGGCCCCGCACUUUCCGCGUGCAGGUUUACAAGGCGGAGGAGCUCGUCCGGAGCGCCAGGACCGCGGAGAGGAGCCUGGAGGUGGCGGGCCUGGAGGCCGGAGCGCUGUACGCGGUGCGGACCAGCUACCAGGCGUGCGGGGCCAGCGUCACGGCCACGCUGGCUGUCAGGACCGAUGCCUGGCUGUUCCAAGUCACCGUCAGGGUCCUGAACCGCAACGUGACGCACGGGCUUCUCGACCGCAGCAGCGCCGAGUUCCAGGACUUUUCCCGACAACUGCUCCGCGAGGUUGAAAACUCCUUCCCCCCGGCCGUCUCCGACCUGAACAGGAGAGGGAAGCUGAGUAUGCAGAUGGUGUCUCUUCAGGCCGGGAGUGUGGUGGUGACGCUCAGGCUGACCGUGCGGGACCCCGAGUCCCCAGUGGGCGUGUCCACGCUGGCCCCCAUGCUUCCGCGUCUGCUGGCCAGCACUGUCUUCCAGAUCGAUCCGCAGGGGACGUUCGUGCAAGACUGGGACGAAUGUGCAGACAGCCUGGGGCACGACUGCUCACCCGCUGCCCAGUGCAUCAACGUCGAGGGCUCCUACACCUGCCGGUGCCGGACGGCCAGGGACGCCAACCCCUCCCGCGCGGGCCGGGCCUGUGAGGGUGAUGUGGUGAGCCCCACGGGAGCGCUGCCGGCUGUAACAUCAGGCGUCAGGGCCCCAGCUCUCGGCACAGAGAGCCCCGCCCUGUGGGCCAGCCCGGGUCACGCAUGGACCCAGACCCCGGGGCCCCCGCCCAGGCGAGGCGGCAGCCGCCUGGUCGGGAAGGACGGGAACAGCACAGGGCAAGGCAUGGAGGAGGGAGCAGCCAGCGUGGCCCCAGGCCUGGUGACGGGCCAGGGGGCGGCCAGCACGGCCCCCGGGACAACGCACGGCUACCCUUCUGGGCCCCUGAAUGGCUCUCUGGGCGCCCCUGGACCGUUAUCGAGAAACUCCAGCACGGAGCCGCCGCUCUGGCCUGGUCCUACGCAGGGCCCCACAGACCACAUCGCCUGGCACACCCGUCCCCCGACCUGGGACACGGCACCGGCAGCUCUGGGCCCCACUGGGCCACAGAGCUCGGACCCUGGACCCUCCACAUCCCCCGACCUGCCUUCGGUCCCCACCCCCGAGUCUUCAAAGCUUCCGGCCUGUGUUCCCGUCCCCAUCGAACGGGUCAUGGUGUCUGACGUGACCAGCACCAGCUUUCGCGUGGCGUGGGCGGCGGAGCUCGGCCCGCACCCCGCCUUCCAGCUCACGCUGCUCUCCCCGCGGAGCCCCGCCGUGCGCCUGGAGACCCGGAACGCAAGCCUGACGCUGUCGGGCCUGGAGCCUGGCGCCCUGCACCUGGUGGAGAUAGCGGCCAAAGCAUGCGGGGACAGCGCCAGGGCCCGCCUCAGGGUCAGGACCGUGGCCCAGAAACUCAGAGGGAACGUCAGAAUAGCCAACGUCAGGUACGUGGAGUCCUUCCGGAACGCGAGCAGCAGGGAGUAUCAGGACUUCCUAGAGGUGUUCUUUCGGGCGGUGCGGGGUUCCUUGCCGGCCACCAUGCUGCGGCACCUGGACGCCGGGGGGGUCCGGGUGGAGGUGACCCGCAUCGCCAACGGCAGCGUCGUGGUCGAGUUUAACCUGCUGAUCAUCGCAGAGGUGGACAUCCACGAGGUGUCUGCCGCGUUCCUUGUCGCCUUCCGGAACGCCUCUCUGCUGGAGGUGGUCGGCGAGGACACCUUCAUACAGGAUUACGACGAAUGUGACGGCCGGGAGCACGACUGUGAGCCAGGCGCGUCCUGUCACAACACCCUGGGCUCCUUCACCUGCAUCUGCACGGGCGGUGCCCCCCACUUCCCUGUGGAAUUUUCUGGAAGACCCUGUGAACGCGACUCUCCCGGAAACACAACCCAGGCCCCCGGCCCCGAGCAGGUCCCCACCCCGGCGGGGACCGCGGUUGCCGCUGUGCCAGGUGCCAGCCCGGGGCCCCAGGGCCUGCCCCGGCGGCUGAACCUGACCGAGGCGGUCAGGGUGCUCUGCGAGGUUGAGAAGGUGGCCAUCGCCAUCCAGAGGCGCUUCCUGCAGCAGGAGUCCAUCCCCGAGUCCUCCCUGUACCUGGGACACCCAUCCUGCAACGUGAGCGACCACAACAGCACGCACGUGCUCCUGGUGGCUGGGUGGAGCGAGUGUGGAACCGUCGUGCAAAGCAACAUGACGAAUACGGUGGUGAGGACCACGCUGAGGAACGACCUGUCCCCUGAGGGCAUCAUCCACCACCUGAAGAUCCUGAGCCCCAUCCACUGUGCUUUCCAGAAUGACCUCCUGACAUCGUCGGGCUACACCCCAGAGUGGGGGGUCUAUGCCAUCAUCGAGGACCUCCAUGGCGCUGGCAAUUUUGUCACCUAAAUGCAGUUGUUUAUUGGGGACUCCCCUAUACCGCAAAAUUACAGUGUGUCUGCCAGUGAUGACGUCAAGAUCGAAGUGGGGCUCUGUGAGCAGAAAAGCAACCUCAAGGUGGUCCUGACCGAGUGCUGGGCGACGCCAUCCAGCAACGCGAGGGACCCGGUCACGUUCGGUUUCAUCAACAACAGCUGCCCCAUCCCCAACACGCACACGAACGUGAUCAAGAAUGGGGAUUCCAGCAAGGCCCAAUUUAAGCUGAAAAUCUUCUCUUUCAUCAACAACUCCAUUGUUUACCUGCACUGCCGGCUUCGUAUUUGCAUGGACUCCCCAGGAACCACAUGCAAAAUAAAUUGCAAUGACGUCCGGUCCCUGAGAAGCAGUGAAGUAGCCGAGACGCACCAGAUGUCCUGGGGACCCCUCAUCCGGUCUGAAGGUGAGCAUCCAGGUGCGGAGCCGGGCCUGGGAGCCGGUUACCUGGUCCUCGUCGUGGUGGCCGUCUUUGCGGUGGUGGCCGGGGCGGCCGCCCUCGCCCUCGCGCACUACCGGAGGGCGACUGGCAAGUACAGCUUCAGGGCGGGGCCGGACGACUUCAGCUACCAGGUGUUCUAUGAGUAGGCGCUCCCGGCGGGCCCCAAGGUGGCUGUGAAUCAACCUCAGUUCUUAACCCAUCAAGCAUCAACAGAAGCCUGCUCUGUCCCAGACCAGAGCUUGGAUGAGUCCCAGAGGUGGUGAAAACACGGCCUCUGACUGACCCAGGAGACCCAUCGUCUGUGUAGG